UGCGCGUUCGGACGAAUUUAUGUUUUUAUGUAUUGUCCGACUGGUGUAGGCGGUGAACAGUGGUAGUGGUGGUGGUUGUGGUCUGUGGUGCCGACAAGUGAUAUAAUCGUCGUUUUUCCUUUUCUUCUUUUUCAUGCCCGUUGUCCGACUCGCAUGUUAAAUUGUUAACGCACUACUUUUUAUGAAAAGGAAAUUUUAUUUUUUCGAUUUGAAUGUUUUAAAUUUCACAUGCUCAAUAUUCGUGAGUUAUUGUAUGAUUAUUUUUCGCAUUAUCGUUGAGUCGCGCACGUACGUCAUUCACAUAGUAUUACUAUCAUCGUCGUUGUUGUGUCACUUUUCUCUGUGCACGAACGGACUACGUACCGAAGGCUCUCAGUGACGAUAUUUUCUAGCCGAGUUUUUUCGAUAUUUGCAAAUUUGUUGACCGUCUUCGGGUUACAAUUACACGUGGCCCGUGUUCCACUGCGUUUGUUUACAUACCAUCGUAGUGGCAUGAACGUCACGCUGAUUGUGGCGUCGUGCUCAAUGAAUUAGCGAGUGUGUUAUAUUGUGAAUAUCUGAAAUUCAAUUUUCGCGUCGGAAAGCGUACCGACAAAAGUAAUAGUCAAGAAGUAUUUCACAAUUCCAAAUUCUUAGUGUCAACAUUCACAUCACAUGCGGCAUAUGGAGAAGUUUUUGAAUAGAACUUGCACGCCAUGUUGAAUGAGUCGUAUGUAUUGUUCGCUAUGAUGUUGACGUCUUACUUGCACCAAUCAAACUACCACACAAUCUUGUUUGUUCAAUACGUUUAGAUAUAUAUUUGAUAUACUAUGAUAAUGGACACUACUUCCACUGCUGAUACGGCACAGCAGCAGUCGCCUGCUUAUGGUCUCAUGAAACGGGGAAAACGUGGUGCAGCUGCACUCAUUGCAGCUGCUUGUUGUAAUACCCCAGUUGUUGCGACUACCAUCUCGCAACAGCAGCAAGAUGAUGGUGGUGGAGAUACAGCUGCAGCUGAUUCUGCUCUGACUCGUUGUAAGUUACUGGACGAAAUGCUGGAUGUGAUGCUUAAUCCAUAUGAUGCGAUUAGCGAGUGGAAUAAUUUGGACUGGAUACGCUGGUUGAUGGCUGGUGGUAAAACCCUAGAUGAAUUUAGUAGUGCAGUCAAAGUUUAUGACUAUGGUACAUGUUGUGGCCUUGUUUGGACGGCCAAUUAUGUAGCAUAUAGAUGUCGUACUUGCAGUAUAUCUCCUUGUAUGUCCCUGUGUGGAGAUUGUUUUAAGCGUGGUGAUCAUACUGGUCAUGAUUUCAAUAUGUUUCGUUCUCAAGCAGGAGGGGCAUGUGAUUGUGGAGACACAAGUGUAAUGAAGCCUGAUGGGUUUUGUCAUAAGCAUAGUAGUACAAUCAAUAUUGAUGGUACUAGUACAAGCAGUAAUAGUGGUUGUAAACAACCUCCUGCCGAUUUAUUGAGGGUAGCUGAGAGAAUAAUGCCAAGACUUUUGUUACGACUAGUGCAGUAUUUACGUGAAAACAGUAAAAUUGCCGAUUCUAGAACAAGUAAUACUCAUGUACCACCAGGAGGUGUUGGAGGUGCUGGUGCUGGAAUGACAAAUCAGCAACAUAAUUUAUUACUUAUAGACUUGGACCCUUUUUUGGGUAUGCUACAUGAAUUUGGUGCUCUUGGAGCUGCUAUGCGACGUGUCAUGACUGUGUCUUUAACCAAUGAAAGAAUAUAUCGAUGGGCAUGUGAUUAUUAUAGUAGUGCUGGAAAUUAUAAUUUUGGUAGUGAUUCUAGUCUACAGCAACAACAGCAGCAACCACAACAGACUAUUUAUACUAUAUAUACAGAUAAGGUACGUCGCUAUUAUGCCGAAGCUAUACAUCAAUACACUGCAUCAACAUCAUUGCCGUCAUCAAGUAGUAGGCGACAACGUCGCAGUAAUACAACAAUUGGAGAUUCUAUUCAUGGCAGUAAUAGUCUUAGUAGUUCUGAAGAAGAUGAUGAUGAUGACGACGAUGAUGAAUUUAGAGAAGAUGAUUGGCUCGUUGAUGGUCAGAUUAGUAGAAGACGUAAAAACAAACUGAAUCAUUCCAGUUUUUUGCAAGAGAUUGUUUUUUGGACUGUACGAUAUGAGUUUCCUCAAAAAAUGGUCUGUUUUCUGUUGAACAUGUUGCCUGAUGCCGCAUAUAAAGAAGCAUUAACUGAAGCAUUUGUUAUGCACUAUGGAUGUGUAGCUCGUGUUUUGGCCACAACAAGAGACUCAGAUACCCUUUCUAACCAUAUUGUUCAUAUUAGUGUUCAAUUGUUUAGUAAUGAAGCAUUGGCUACACGGAUGGUCGACAAAUUAGGAUUGCUGAGAAUAAUGGUAUCAAGUUUAAGGCGCAUGAUGAAAAAAAUACUGAUACCUUCAACAUUACAUGAUCCCAUGAAAAAYCGACACAGGGUUGUAGAUUGUUCAAAGGCUGUUAUGAAAGAGCAUUGUUAUUGGCCAUUGGUUAGUGAUCUAAAUAAUGUAUUGUCGCAUAGGCCGAUUGCUGUUAAAUUUAUGUGUGACGACCGUUUAUUGGAUUCAUGGUUUUCAUAUUUAUCAAUGUUUCAAGGAAUGAAUGUUAAUUGUCGAGAGUUGGGACAUCAUGUUGAAUUUGAACCAAACACUUAUUAUGCUGCUUUUAGUGCUGAACUUGAAGCUAGUGCAUAUCCAAUGUGGGCCAUGCUAUCUCAUCUCACAUCUGCUGACACAUUGUCACUAUCCUUCCGCGUGUUACGUGCUUGUCUCAAACGUCUACGUAAAUGGCUCAUAGAUGUCGGUUACUACCAUGAUCAGGACCAUGGUAAUGUUUGUGGUGGUACUGCGUCCUCUUCUGCUAACUACAWUACAAAUGCUUCCACGACUAUAAUUCGAAGAUUAGAUGAUCGUCAUCAGUUCACUUUUCACCUGCCUUUGCAUCGGUAUUUGGCAGUAUUUUUGUGUCAAGCUGUGCGCGCUCAAGGUGCUCGUAUAGAAGACAUWAUACCACGAAGCAGCACGGAUGAUUCAGCAGAUAGAGAUUCAUUGUUAAUGGCAAUUGCUGCACAUCCUGUACGCGCUCAAUCAGCAUUCUACGAAAUUAUGCAGGGUGCAUGGGUGCGUAAUGGCUUACAAAUUAAAGGCCAAGCUAUGACGUACAUCCAAUCAAAUUUUUGUAUAUCCAUGGUAGAUGCUGAUAUUUAUUUACUUCAACUUUGUCUAUCUGAAUUAUCAGAUGCCAACAUAUUCAUGUCUUUAAUAUUGGAAAAGUUUAAAGUGUAUGAUUGGAUGCAUGUAGUCAAACAUGGUGGAUUACCUCAAGUUAUGGAUUCGGAGGAAUAUGACGCUGCACCUAGUAUGGAGGGAUUAUUAGUUUUCCUUGCCACUUUAAUAGGUGUCCGUACCAAUUUAUGUUCCGAUGAAGAUUAUGAUUAUUGUCAAUCACAAUUAGAAAUGGUCACAUUAUUAUGUGUUUCUGAUAAAACACACAGUCAAUUAAUGGAAUUAAUGCCUGAACGAUGUGGUGGAAUUCAAACUAGUGCCACAACUACCUCAAGUCCUAAUACUAGUAGCGAUGGCACAUCUCGAAAUCCUCCCUCCAUUGACCAAGAAUCUCCACCAGCUAUGCGUGAUUUUGAAACUGUAUUACAAGCUGUAGCUGAGUAUAAGAGACCUCAGUUUGAAGCGUCUGGAAACAUGCAACAAGGACUAUAUGUGCCUUUAGCACAUGUCUGGCAAAAAUUGUAUGAUCCAGUGCAUGUGCUUUUGAGAGCUGUUCAUAGACGUGACUUUCAAUCAUCCAUGGACCGUUAUACAACAUUCAUGCGUAGUGUUGGAUUGUUGAAACAAAAUCAAAAUACUUGGCCACCGUAUAGGAUGCCACAGAAACACCAUCCAGCAUACCGCAAUCCUUGUAGAGCACUGUUAUCUAAGUUAUUUCACGCUGUUGUCUGGCAUUGCCUAUAUCGUUCAGCAGUUUACCGAGAUAUAAGUGAACAUACACUUAGUCUACUGAUCUAUCUUCUUGACCAGGCUUGGAUAUUUUAUAGUAACUCUCCUGUUGAUAAUAAUCAACAGCAACCAAUGGAUAUAGAUCCUCCAGCUAAGCAGUCUGCAUCGUCAUCUUCAACAGCUUCAUCUGGAGAAUGUUCCUAUGAAAGCCCUAAUAUCAAAAGCUGUCCUAAAAGAAAGAUUAAAAUAACCGUAGCAGAUGCAAGUAAUUCUGACAGUGAAACAGCUAAUGCCAAAGAAACAACACUUCUAUUGUUGAAUCGUUGGUAUGAUCAUGAUGAUUUGGCACACAAUUUGUGUACUACUAUUACACAUGUUGAGUUGCCACCACCAUACUACCAUUAUUUUUUUGGCGAAGAAGCAGCUAAUACUACUUCUAAUGCUACAGCUGCCUCGACAAUGGCUACCAAUUUAUUUGAUUAUUUCACAUCGUCUGUAGCAGCAGCUGCUUCAGUGGCUAGCUCUUCAUCACCAACCACUGCUUCUCACAACUUUGAACCUGGUAACUCACAACAACAGUCUAAUGUUGUUCCAUCUUUGGCUACAAUAGCUGGCAACGAAAUACCUCUUGCUAGUUCUUCCCUUCCAACUCGUCCACCUUUUUAUAGCUUAAAUGCUGCAGCAGCUGCUACAUCAUCUACAAUGGCAGAUUCUGCGUUGAAUCGUGUUAAACAACGUUUACAAUUCUUACGGCCUCCUCCACCAAAAACAGAUUCACCUAUACAUGACCAAAAUCAGUCGUCAUCAUCAUCUUCAGUUAUAAUUGAUCUUACUGUACCUGAAUUUCCAUUCGAGGCUGUGGCAAAUAAUGAUAAUGAAGCAUCAAUAUUUGGUGUUGAUAGAAAUCAGGCAGUAAUACAAGUUGAUGACCAACAAAAUUCAUUGGUUUGUAUAAAUGAGAGCAUCAUUUCCUUACUUUUAAAAUUGCACUCUCAAUUGUCGGGUGAACCAGAUUCAUAUCAACUACCUAUAAUUUUAAACCAAUCAGCAUCAGAAAAUGAUAAUACCAAAGAAGAAGUACCCCCUUGUGGUGAUGGGGCAUUUUUUGUGGGUCGUUUGUUAGAUAGGAUAGCUAGAGGGUCGACAUCAUGUUAUGAUUGCAUAUUGCGUACUAGAGUGGCAUUAUGGCCAAUAGCAGUGGUAAUGCGAGAAACAGCUUCACGAGAUGAUGAAGAGCGUGAGCGCCGGGAACGUAAGCGCCGGGCUCGUGACAAGCAGCAGCAAAUGAUGGAAGAAAUGGCACGAGCGCAACGAGCAUUCCUUGAAAGUGCACGUCGCUCUGGAGAUCUAGAUUCUACUGAUACACAAUCUACCUGUGCAACUGCUACAAUUAUGGAAUGUGACAUACCGGCUCCUACUGUGGAUAUAUCCACUUCGAUUACUUCUAGUAAUGAAGCCUCUACUUCAACUUUAGCAAAUAAUAUAGUUGAACUAGAUGAAAACAGUAGUAGUAGUAAUAGUACAACAACAACAACAAAAGAAUCAGCUACCCAUAUUCGCGGAUCUGAUCAACAUGAAACAAUGUUGACUGUGGAUUGUGUUAUUUGUAAUCAGACUGUGAUCGUACAGAUAGAGCAACAGCGUCAAGAUCCUGUGGGACUAGUGAUAUUAGUUCAAGGUACAAAUGUUUUAGCACACAGGAGACAUAUUGUUUCACAACCAUUAGAGUCAACCAAUUUAUACAAUGCCAAUAAUAGCAAUACUACUGAGUAUCGUCAACAACGACUGCAAGAUACAGAAAAAGCUACAAAUCUCACAAAUAGUAUUAAAGUUGAAAACAAAUGUUUAGUCAACAGUGAACAAAAUUAUUAUCAUUAUUGGCCUUCUUUACCACCGUUGAAUUCACAGCUACAUCAUCAACAAUCUACAUCUGUAAUAAAUGACCCUAAAUCACAACAACAUAAUCAAYCAAUUGUGACAACAAUUGCUGAUAAUUAUGACGCAACUACGUAUGCAUCGCAUUCUGACCGCCGCAAACGACUAUUGUCACAAUAUUUUAACAACUUGGAUAAGGCUGAUUUCGAAGUUGGAUCCCUUACAACUACUACUAGUGCUACUCCUGUUGGUGGCAAUGUCCAUGUACAGACAUGUGGUCAUCACUUACAUUUAAGGUGUUGGAGUUCAUAUCUUGCAUCGUUACGCGGUGCUCAGCGUUUUAAUUCAGACCGUGGUGAAUAUAGUUGUCCACUUUGUCGGCAAUUAGCUAAUUCCUUAAUGCCGUUAAUACCAGAAUUUACUAUUGAACAAAACCAGCAACAACGUGUCAGUACUCCUUAUUCCACUAUUAUUACCUCGAGUGCUAUGUCUGAURGUGUGAGCAAAUUGACAGAACUAGUAAGACAGCAAGAAUAUGAAUCACCGAAACCAGUACAAUCUAGUGAUGCUGUUUGCUGCAGUGAAAAGUCUGCCUCAGUUUUCAUUGGCGAUACAGAGAACAUUGUUAAUCGACAUCCCUUGCAUCAGAAUGUUCAUCAUCAUAAUUUGAAUGAUGAUUAUUUUCUGAUGCAGGACCAAGUACAUGAUAUUAUUCCUGCUGGUGGUGCAGAAGAUGGAAAUGGUGGUAAUGGAGGAGAGGGAGACGAUUUAGAAAGUGGAGAAGAUCCUCUGUUGAAUGCUGUUAAUAGAUGUGUGAGUGAUAUGAUUACUACAACAGUAGUUACAGCAGCAGCUCAAACUGUAUCAUUGCCACAUACAUUAUUGACAUCAACUCAACGAGAAAAAAUGUACAAGGUAAGAUGGCAUAGUGUUGUGUCUGUUGCUUGGACAAAUAUCCAAGUGGAAUUGGUGCAGCGUAACAACAGUCUUAUAGAACAACUGCAGCAAGAACAGUCAUCAUUACACCGCGGUAAUAWCAAUUAUCGUCACCUCAAUUUGUUUUCUGCUACUGCAGUUAAUGCUACAGACAUCAAUGGCAGCAAUAAUUACUAUAAUAUGCUGCCUAAGCGUAAUUGUAUAGCACCAUUGUUAAAAGUGUUGCGUGUGAGUGCCCGGUCGUUGAUGACCAAGUACCAGACUCCUGAUUAUAAUCCCAUUAGUGAUGUUUGGUACAAAUUAAUCGGGUGUGAACAGCCUCGACAACAGUUGAGCAAUUCUUAUCCACCAUUAUUAAUGCGUGAUCCAUGCUCUGUACUCUUACAACUUGUGUUGUUAUUACCUACACUAGACCGCGAUUUGUUUGAUACUUUAAUCAAACUCACAUACAACAUGCAAUUAUAUGUGGCCGCAUUGAAAGUCGCUUCCACGUGGAAUCGUAACUGUAAAUUUAACCGCCCACAACAUUGCAGUAGUCUUAAUACAAGAAAACUAUCAGCAAGAAAUGAAGAAAGAACUGAUGGAAGCUCUAGCGUUCGAAUGGAUUUAGAUGACGGAUACAAUAAUAAACUAUCAUCAUUAUCAAUGGAUAUUACCGAAGUUGACAAUACACUACCACUGGCACCUUUAUUUUCACAAGUUGUAGCUUUGGCUAAAACUAUAGUGUUUUUGUCUGAUGAUGAUGAAACUGAAAUAGUCAACAUUGGUUCAAUAGUUAAUAACGAUGAUGAAUUCAUGAUGCACCAAGAUGAUGAGAAUGUUGAAAAUAUUGUAAGUGACGGCAAACUUGAUGGGUCAAUAAAUGCUUCAGAAGAUGAUGGGGAAAUAUUGUUGAUGCUAGAAUCUUAUGGAAGACGAAGUACACUUCCAUUUUUGCGGUUUGCUGCUCUAUUGAAAAAAUAUAUUAAUGGUGAUGAUGAUGAUAAUAUAGAUGACCACCCUGAGUUAACAAUACCAUCACCGCAACUAAGUAAUUUGAUUGUAGAACAGAACAAACAAAGAGAACAACCAUUAGAUUGCCAAGUCAUUUCUCCGCCACAGGUUGAAGUGGACUGUAAUGUCGAGUUAUCAACUACAAAUGAUAAUCGCCAUCAUCAACAUUGGUCAAACGACGAUUAUGAAUACCUAAUGCUCGCUCGGUAUUUAAAACUGUUAAAUAACAACGAGGAAGGCCAUGAAAUCAGUGACUAUUAUGAAGAAACCUAUAACUCUAAUUGUUCAUACAUUGAACGUAAUGACUAUCAAAACCAAACCAAUUUUGAAAAAAGACAUCAUAUGCCAUUGCAGCCACCUUCUGCCAUGGAAGCGGUCAUAUGGCCAGAAUGGUCAUAUUCUACCGACGAUAAAAAUAAUAAAAUUUCGACAACUAUUUCUCGUACAUGGUUUACAUCUUUUCGAGAAUCAUUGACAACCAAAAUACCUAAAGCCACUAUCAUUGGUGAAAAUUCUACUACCAUAGUUUCUUCAGCUGCUGCUGAAAUUGACCCAAAUUCUAAAGCCACAACUUCAGCUAAUAUCAUAAUGGCCGCACGUAUGUUGCUUUUUGCUGAUUGUUGUGAUAGCGGUGGUGUUAGCGAUGGCACUAGAGCUGGUAUCUUGGGUACCAGUCUUAGUUUAUUCCCACCAAUCACUUGGGCGGGGCCUCGAUUGUUAAAGCUGCCACAUCUGUAUGACGAUGUUUUCCAAUACUAUCAUGGUAGGGCCUGUCAUCGAUGUCAUGGCGUGCCACGAGAGACAAGCGUAUGCUUGGUUUGUGGAACUGUCGUAUGCCUGAAAGAAAAUUGUUGCAAAACAAAUCAUAUUUAUGAAGCAGUACAACAUUCAUUAGAAUGUGGCGGCGGUACGGGAAUGUUCUUGGUUGUGACUUCUAGUUCAGUUGUUGUAAUUCGUGGCAAACGGGCAUGUCUUUGGGGGUCUGUGUACCUUGAUGCAUUUGGCGAAGAAGAUCGUGAACUCAAACGAGGAAAACCAUUAUAUCUUAGUGCAGAACGGUACAGAUUGUUGGAACAUCAGUGGUUGGCGCAUCGAUUUGACCACACUAAUAAGAAAUGGGUAUGGCACAGAGAUGCAUUGUAAAUAAAAUGGAGACAACAGUAAUGAUAAUGGCUUCGAUUAUAUUAUGUAUGUUGUAAACAAUUUUUUAUGAUUAUUGUUAUUAUUUACGUAUGAACUAUUAUUAUUUUUAU